ACGAGGAAUUGUAGCGACGUCUUUACGACGAAUCGUUCUACUUCGUCUUUACGACGGAAUAUAUUCCUCGCUAAGUUACGACGAAUUAGCGAGGAAAUAUGUGUUACGACGGACGUGUAACGAGCAAACGCGUUUCUUCGCUAAUUCGUCUUAAAGCCUCUUUUACAACGAAAUAACGAGGAAAACCGCCCUCGUUAAGAUUAUGUUUUCUUGUAGUGUUUGUAUAUAUUUAUAAAACAUUUAUAGUCAAAAACUUCAAAGUUACUUAUUUCUGCUUGCCAUCAGGCAAAGCAACGUGAGAUAAUCGAAGUGCCAUCGGCAAAAUAACAUAUAUUUUUUCAUGAGUGUAACUAUAUUAGAAGGCAAAACAACACUAAUUGAACUUAAUUAGGGUUUCCCUUGUGCCUCCCUGCAUUAGGAGAGUUUGACCAAAAAGAGACUCAGUCAGCAAGGGAUCUAAUUUAUGAGUCAGUUUUAUUCAUUUGCAUAUCUUUUUUUUAUUAGAAUUUCUUUCUGAUUAAUAUCACAUAUUUUUAAGUUCAAUAAAAAUAUCACAUAUUUUCCUGGUCGCUUUCUGCUAUUCUUGAAGUCCUUUUAAUUAAGCGAAUCUUGACAGAUUUUAUAAAAAGGGAUUUGGUUGGGUUUCUUUAUGUUUCCCAGAUCUUCUUCAUCUUCUUUCCUUUAGGGAAGUUAUCACCUUGACUUUUGUGGUACAACUGAUCUCGUCUUUGGAUCUUCCUCUUGUUAUUAAGAGAUAGCUUCUUGGUUUGGUUUACAAUAUCCAAGUGAGUUCGUUUUCUUUCUAAAAAUCCUUAGAUUUAGGGUUUCAUACGGAUUACUAAUCUUGACAGGAACAAGAUGGUGAGAGGGAAGAUCGAGAUCAAAAGAAUUGAGAACCAGACAAGCAGGCAAAUCACGUUCUCCAAGCGUAGGAAAGGUCUCUUGAAAAAGGCUCACGAGCUUUCAGUUCUAUGCGAUGCUCAAGUUGCAGCCAUUGUCUUUUCUCAGAAAGGAAAACUAUACGAGUUCGCUAGCUCCGACAUGAAGAAGAUGAUGGAACAAUGUGAGAUAUAUAGGAGUGGAUAUUUUCAUGCGGAGAGACUCCAAGAAGAGGACGAUGUGCAGGAUCUCAAGAACGAAGUAACGGUAAUUGUGAACAGUAUUGAACUUCUUCAACUUCAUUGCCGGAAGCUUAUGGGGCAAUAUUUAGGUUCAUGUUCGGUGGAUGAGCUCAAUGAAAUAACUAUCCAAAUUGAGAAAAGUCUUACUCUUAUCAGAUCAAGAAAGGCUAAGGUGCAUGAAGAAGAGGUAGGGAAACUAAAAGCGGAGAUUGCAGGAACGAGAGAGCUAGUGAACGAGAGAACUACGCUGCACGAAAUGUUUGAAGAAAAACCCUUGUGGAUGAAGUCGAGGAGCCUAGAGAGUAAAAAUAAUGCAUCAUCAUCAUCUGCUUUUGAAAACAUGAACAUAUCGGACGUUGAAACUGAUUUGUGCAUCGGAUUGCCUAGAAGCCAAGUGUAGUCGUAUGUUGAACCAACCGGUUCUUGUUUUCUUAUUUUCCAAGUAUCUAUGGGACUUGCAGAAUGUUUUAGUCGUCUCUCUU